AUGGCAGCUGCCAAACCUAUAUCGGCUGAAGACCCUAGAGCGAGGCUAGAAUCAGCCAUCGAUGAGCUACCAAGGGAAUACGAACAAACCUACACUCUACAUUUUCGAUUGGAGGUCCGGUCAGUUUUGCAUAAAGCGCAAAUAGGGUUAAUGAAUGAAGCCGGCCGAAGCCUUCUCAUUAUGCAUUUUGCCGGAUACAGCGGAUUCAAUCAGUAUGAUCGACUCUUCCGGUCUACUCCUGAUACAUUUCCAACUCCAGGUGUGAUUCCCUUCGAUGCCCUCUUAGGAGAUUCGUUGCUCCGUCGUUACCCAUGCUCCCCAAACAGGAUCGUCGAAGUCCUCGCUGCUGGAGAGAGCAAUUAUGAAGAUGGCGUUAUAAAUAUACAAAUUGGGGCUGGGGAAUUCACGGGUAGGAGCUUCACAUCAAGGCUUUUGGAUUAUAUCGUUGAACACAGGAGAACUUGGCGAUCCAUUCAGAUGGCGGACAUGGUAGUCGCACUACGAGCUCUAUCGUCGACCUCCAAGCCAAUCCACAGGAUUACUGUCGAACGAUUUUGUUCCGGAUGUUCUACAUCCUCUGCAACAAGAUACCCGGCCGUAUUGAGCGUCCAUACCCCGGAAGCAUUAUCAGCCGACGAAAUCACAGGGUUGGUCAAGUUGAUUAGGGAGACUGGUGAGGGCCGCGGAUUUGCGCAACCCGGACAAGCAGAGGCGAGAACGCCCCUGAAACUGGGCACUGGGAACUCUUCCAAUAUUCUUGUUCUUGAAGGCCCUCGUGAAAUCUAUGCUCAACUUAGGAAUAUACCAAGUGUGAAUGUGUUUUUUGAAAAUAUGAGCAGCAAAAAUCUUACUUCCUCUCCGAGCACUGCGGAGUUGCAAGUUGCUGCUCGUGAGGAGUUCCAAGGGGGAGUUACACAAAGAGUCGGUGAUAAAUCCCCUGGAAAAGCCUCCAAAUGA